CGCGAACAAGCAGGAAGUGAAGGUCGUGGGAAACAUGGCGGCGCUCUGUGUGAUGAGGUCUGUAAGGACAGCGCUCAGUGCCGUCCACGGCGCUAUCAACAGUUUCAACGGCUUAACGCCGAGGAGAUUAAAUGGACCCCAGCUGUCGUUUUUAGGCUGCACGGCGAGUCGCGGUGUCCGGCAAGUGGUAGAAAAGCAAGAGGGAAAAACCACAGUUAUUGAGGGUCUGGCAGUGGCGACACCCGAGAGCGCGCAACCUCCAAACCCGAAUGCAAAGUGCCCGAUUUAUCGAUGGAACCUUCAGAACAAGUACACGUACACAGAUGUGUUAUUACUGAGUCAGUUCAUUCGUUCCGAUGGAGGGAUGUUGCCGAGACGCAUCACCGGACUCUGUCCUCAGGAGCACCGCAAGAUCGCCAUUUGUGUGCAGAUGGCCCAUCGUGCAGGUCUCCUGCCAGACCAUAGACCUCGUCUUCCUGAAGGCCACAUACCAAAGCCCAAAGCCAACACCCCACUCAACAGGUACCUGACACGUUACUCUGUGAAUUCGGUGAAGCCCAUCUAUAAGAAAGGAAUGAAGUGGUGUAAAAAUCGUAUGCCUGUGGGACAUCCGGCCCUCAAGGACAACAUCAGAUACAGCCCGAAGCCUCUCUACACAAAGCACUGACACAUUUCCAGACACAACAAUGAAGGAGUCAAGGUGUAAUCAGGACAGCUGGAACCGACAGAGAUCUGCAAAGUGAUAACUAUUGUUUGUCAUGCUGCGUCUGAUGCUCUACAGGCUGCUUGUUCACAUGGAGAUAAAACAGAACUUGUUUAGAGCUGAAUUUGAUGUAAAGCUUCCCUGGAAAUAUAUUUUUUUCUUUGGUUAACAUGCCUUUACUGUCACCUCAUUUACUCUUACAGAUUCUGUGUUUGUGGGAAACUUCCAUAAGUGAUCCAAAUAAAAUCUGGUUUCCUGUAACUGAAUCAGC